UCGAUCUAAGUAACAGUGAACAGACGGACCUCGUUGCUAUGGCGGAGUUAGUGCAGGCCUCUCAGUCCAGGGGAAAUGUGCAGACUCCGCCGGUGGGCCAGGUUGGGGCCCCGGCAGCCGGAGGGAGCACGUCCACAAGUAGCAGCGAUCCGGCAAGGCCUGGGCUAAGUCAGCAACAAAGAGCCAGCCAGAGAAAGGCGCAGGUCCGCGCGCUACCUCGCGCCAAGAAGCUAGAAAAGCUCGGGGUCUUCUCGGCUUGUAAGGCAAACGAUGUCUGUAAGUGCAAUGGGUGGAAAAAUCCCAAUCCGCAAACUGCACCUAGGAUGGACAUACAGCAGUCUGCAGCUAGCCUGAGUGAGCCCUGUCGUAGUUGUGGACAUGCCCUAGCUGACCACGUGUCACAUCUAGAGAAUGUUUCUGAAGAUGAGAUUAAUCGGCUAUUGGGUAUGGUGGUUGAUGUGGAAAACCUUUUCAUGUCUGUGCACAAGGAAGAGGACACGGACACCAGACAAGUUUACUUUUACCUGUUUAAGCUGUUAAGGAAAUGCAUCCUGCAGAUGAGCCGACCAGUUGUAGAAGGAUCCUUGGGAAGCCCACCAUUUGAGAAACCAAAUAUUGAACAGGGUGUCCUAAAUUUUGUUCAAUAUAAAUUUAGUCAUUUGCAACCCAAGGAGCGCCAGACAAUGUAUGAACUUUCUAAAAUGUUCCUCUUAUGCCUGAAUUACUGGAAACUGGAAAACCCUUCACAAUUUCGACAGAGGUCGCAAAAUGAGGAUGUGGCAACAUACAAGGUUAAUUACACCAGGUGGCUAUGUUAUUGUCAUGUACCUCAGAGCUGUGAUAGCCUUCCUCGCUAUGAAACUACACAUGUAUUUGGAAGGAGUCUGCUGCGCUCCAUUUUUACCGUCACACGCAGACAGCUGUUAGAAAAAUUUAGGGUUGAGAAAGAUAAACUUGUCCCAGAGAAGAGAACGCUUAUUCUCACACACUUCCCCAAAUUUCUCUCAAUGUUAGAAGAAGAAAUCUAUGGUGAGAAUUCGCCCAUCUGGGAAGCAGAUUUUACAGUCCCAACCUCAGAAGGCCCCCAGUUGGUGUCACGCCCAGCUACAGUGACCAACACUUCUGUAACCAGUACACCUAUGAAUAGCAGCUCUUCAUUGACGUCUAAUGGGGAUGCCAACAGUUCGGAGCCUAUGACAGGUGAGAAAAGAAAACUGUCAGACAGUUUGACACUGGAGGAUGCAAAGAGAAUUCGAGUGAUGGGAGACAUCCCCAUGGAGCUGGUGAAUGAGGUCAUGUUGACCAUCACAGACCCUGCUGCAAUGCUGGGACCUGAUACAAGUUUGCUAUCAGCUAAUGCAGCCCGAGAUGAGACGGCCCGUUUGGAAGAAAGGAGAGGGAUUAUAGAAUUUCAUGUGAUCGGAAACUCUUUAUCUCAGAAAUCCAACAAAAAGAUCCUUAUGUGGCUUGUUGGACUGCAGAAUGUGUUCUCUCAUCAGCUCCCUCGGAUGCCUAAAGAGUAUAUAACCCGUCUUGUCUUUGACCCCAAACACAAAACUCUGGCUCUGAUUAAAGAUGGUCGCGUUAUUGGAGGCAUUUGUUUCCGAAUGUUUCCUACUCAAGGUUUCACAGAAAUUGUGUUCUGUGCGGUGACAUCCAAUGAGCAAGUCAAGGGUUAUGGGACACACUUAAUGAAUCACUUGAAAGAAUACCACAUCAAACACAACAUUCUGUACUUUCUUACGUACGCUGAUGAAUAUGCAAUUGGAUACUUCAAGAAACAGGGUUUUUCAAAAGAUAUUAAGGUUCCCAAAAGUCGUUACCUUGGGUACAUUAAAGAUUACGAGGGUGCCACAUUAAUGGAGUGUGAGCUGAACCCGCGCAUCCCAUAUACAGAGCUGUCUCACAUCAUCAAGAAACAAAAGGAGAUAAUUAAGAAACUGAUUGAACGCAGACAGGCACAAAUAAGGAAAGUGUAUCCUGGACUGACCUGCUUCAAGGAAGGUGUUCGACAGAUCCCAGUGGAAUGUAUCCCAGGCAUAAGAGAGACUGGAUGGAAACCAGCAUGCAAAGAAAAGGGGAAGGAGAUUAAGGAUCCGGACCAGCUAUAUAAUGUCUUGAAGAAUCUGCUAGCACAGAUUAAAACUCAUCCCAGUGCUUGGCCAUUUAUGGAACCUGUAAAGAAAUCUGAGGCACCAGAUUACUAUGAAGUCAUCCGGUUUCCGAUUGACCUGAAAACGAUGACCGAAAGACUUAAAAACAGAUAUUAUGUUACUAAGAAGAUCUUCAUUGCUGAUCUGCAAAGAAUCAUCACCAACUGUAGGGAGUACAACCCCCCAGACAGUGAUUAUUGCAAGUGUGCCAACACCCUGGAGAAAUUCUUCUACUUCAAGCUGAAGGAGGGUGGACUAAUUGAAAAGUGAAAAAGUGUGUGUCACCAUGCUUUGCUCCAUUUUGCAUUCAUUCCCUGUCAUCAUGGACUGCCAGUGGCACAGAAAACAAUAAAGACACAGUAUUAGAUUUUCCUACCUUGCUGGAUUCACUUAAGACCAAUUAAUUGGAAAGAGCGUUUAAGACUAAUAAUUUCUUAAUUAAAAAACAGAGUUCAUUCAGAGGAUCCCUGACCUUUUCAUUACUGCAGUCUAAUAGGAAUUGUGUGCAGUUUUUUUGCACAAUUUACAAGUUGUCUUAUGUUGUAACAGCACAACUGUGUGCAUGGAAACUUGUUUCGGACGUCCUGUGGGUGGUUAUAGCAGUAUUAUUGUGUUUACAUUGUUGCAGAAUACAAUAAGAUCACAUUUGUGUUUGAAUGACCACAUGCCUACAAUGACUGCUUAUUUGUUUACCCAGCGAUUUCUCUAUUUAUGAUUUAUGUUAAAACUGGUUUUAUGUUAAAACUAGUUAUAUAUAACUGCUCAUAUAUUGCCUUAUCUCCACCAAGAACCAUAGACUGAUAACGGCAGUGACCUGGUGUCACUUGAAACCUGUCUUUCCCUGAGCCAAAUAAGCAUUAAAUCAUUUUCGUGUCAAAUUAUAAAGAGUGAUUCGAGACCUAUGAAUUAUUGCAAUUGUUUCUCUGGGUACCUUAUGUUUCUUAGCAAACGUCUCCACAGCUAGAGUUCUAUCCCAUCCACCAUUGAGCUAGAUUACAAGUGGAGCGUUAAUUUAUUACGUGCCUGUAAACUGACAAAUUCACCCAUUUACGGGCACGUGAUAAAUAAACAGCCAUUACAAGUGGCUGGUUAUUGCUACCGUAAGCUCGCGGUAGCAAUUAGCUUUCCGAAAAUUAACCAGAGAUCAGCUCUCAAAAUAUCCCUCAAUUGCCCCCAAAUUAAAGUAUAUUGUAUUUUUUUUUUUAAUUUUAAAAAACUGCACAAAGUAGUUUUUAGGGAUUAAAGUUGGCGGGUGUGGGGUGUUAGAAAAAAACAAACAGCACUGAAAAGUGCCUUUACAAUGCAGUCUCUGAGGGACUGUGUUCCCUGUAAAUAUAUGUGUAUUUGCUUAUAUACGUAUACAUUUGUGUUAAUAAGUGUAUAUACACAAAUAAACGCAAAUAUAUAUUUGUAUACAUUUACACUUUGCUGCCCAUCGCUGCACGACUUACCCCCUUUGCUGCGCUAGGUUCUCAACCGUGUCUGACGGCAUGAGAACGAGGCUCCCAUUGGAGCCUAUGGAAGCGCGCUCGCGUUCGCAUUGCACUCAACUUGUAAUACCAGAGCACAUUUGCCUGCACUGGUAUUACUAAGUGUAGUGAAAAUGUUGCUUUCGCCAUAUUUUGCGCUCCACUUGUAAUCUAACCCUUUAUUGGUAGAGAGGCAACUGAUAGAUGCAUUAACUAAAGGAAGACCUAUUGUAUUUGCAUGAAUCAUUUUGGGCCAACAUUUAACUUUGGAAAAUAAACUCUAUUAUGGAAAUCCAAAAGCUAUAACUUUUUUUUUUUUGUCAACAAUUGCACUUUAUAUAACAAACUGUAUGAGCUGUAGGUUUUUGUUUUGUUUUUCAUGCAACAUUCCAGAAAAAUAUUAAUGGAUCAGUGCUUGUUCCAAGUCAUUGUUCAUGCCUUUAAUUUAUGUAUCUGAAUCAAUCUGAAUAUCUUUGUCUAUAAAGUGACUUAAUACAAUUAAAGAUUCGGGUCACCUUGUGAAA